CUCUGGGUUGAUGCUGUGUGUAUCAACCAGGCGCAUCUGACUGAGAAGACGGAGCAGGUCCGUCAGAUGGCUCAAGUCUACGCAUCAGCCUCCAGAGUUAUCGUCUGGCUGGGACCAUCUUACGACGACAGCGGCUAUGUCAUGGACGUUAUUGCUGCCGAGUCCGUCUCUGAGUAUACCACACCACGUUUCAUGGCCGCCGUUCUUUCCAUGCUCGCAUGUCCCUGGUUUACCCGAACUUGGAUUGUCCAGGAAAUUGUGCUUCCAAGGACGACACCGCUCUUAGCAUGUGGAUUUAACCCCAGCAUUACCUGGAGGGCUUCGUAA